AUGAACUUUUGGACACUCAUAUCUAUACCUAUAUCGAUUGCAACAUAUUAUUAUUAUACCAAAGGAAAAGCCGAUCCCUCAACAAUGGUUCCUUCUUCUUCAACCUCUUCGCAUACCGCUUCAGCUUUAGCUUCCAAAUUUAUCAAAAAUGUACAUCCCUUGCCGACAUUCUUUUUCAGUCAUGGAGGCCCUACAUUUAUGUAUGAAGAUGACCCAUUCGGCAAUAAGGGAGCAUGGAGAACAAUCAAAAAACUAGGUCAAACGAUCAAAUCGUGGAAACCAGAUUACAUUCUUGUAGUUAGUGCUCAUUGGCAAAGUCGUGGUUCAAAUCUAAUUGAAAUCAACAAAAUUGCAAAUAAUUCUAGUGAAAAUCCCUUGAUUUAUGAUUUUUAUGGGUUUCCCAGCUAUAUGUACAAAGAAGAGUUUCAUACCAAAAAUGAUGAAUUUAUUGCAAACCAUGUAAAACAAGAGUUGGUCUCAAACAGCUUUGAUUGUAAGGUAGUUGAAAGAGGAAUAGAUCACGGUGUUUGGGUACCGUUCAAGGUAGCAUUCAGUGACUAUACUACCCAAACCACUCCACAACCAAAAGUCAAGGGCCUUGAUUUGGAUUGCCCCGUUAUUCAAGUCUCAUUAGCCGCUAAUGAUUCUGACUUUGACACCCAUUACAAACUAGGCAAAGUGCUUAAUCAUUUUAGAAGCAAUAAGAUAUGGGACGAAAGACAGGAGAAAUACCUUACUGGAAUGGUUAUUUGCUCGGGAAUGUCAGUGCAUAAUUUGAGAGACUUGGGAUAUUCAAUGAGACAACCCGAAGGCGUGAUGCCCUAUGUAAAGCCAUUCAAUAAACUUCUCACUAAUAUUUUGGAAAAUGAAGACAACAACAACAACAAUCAAGGUGAUGAUUUAUUGACAAGAUUGAAUAAUUUAAAGAAUCUACAUAUUUUGAGACAAGCCCAUCCAACAUUGGAACAUUUCUUACCCAUUGUUGUUGCAGGUGGUAUUGCAAAUGACUCGAACGAUAGGAUCAAAGAGCUUUACAAUGAUGAGUAUGCAAGUUUAGGAUGGGGGGUAUACCAGGUUGGUGAAUUCUCCUCUUCGGAAAGUGUACUCUAA